AUGGCGGCAUAUUUUCGAAAUGAUGGUUGGAAAGAAGACAUCGUUCUCAAAGAAGAAAUGGCUAAAUAUGUCAAACAAGGUUUUCAACGGAGAGAAAUGUUAGAUUUUUUGAAAAGGGAUUUUGCCCAAUAUGCAUGGAGCCUUCGCACUGUCGACAGACGCCUUCGUCACUUUGACAUACAUUACAAUGACAAAAAUGUGUCGGUGGAGGAAGUUAAAGAUGUUGUAAAAAAGGAGCUUGACGGACCAGGAAAACUGUUAGGAUACAGAGCAAUGCACCGAAAAGUCCGACAGGUUCAUGAUCUCAGUGUUCCACGAGAUUUAGUUUAUGCGGCAAUGUAUGACCUCGACCCGAAGGGUCUGGAAGCCCGUGGACCAGUUGGCAAAAAGAAAACAAUCCCCAAGGGAAGUUUUACAACAAAAGGCCCUAACUGGGUCCAUUCACUAGAUGGCCAUGAUAAACUGAUGGGCUACCAAAACAGCACUUUCCCAUUAGCAGUAUAUGGCUGCAUCGAUACUGCUAGUAGAAAGCUGUUAUGGCUGCGGAUCUGGGUCACUAACAGCGACCCCAAGGUAAUUGGCCGUUGGUACUUGGAGUAUUUAUAUGAGGCUAGAAUUAUGCCUUCAUUGAUAAGGCUGGACAGAGGAACAGAGACCGGCACGAUGGCAACGAUACAUGCCUUCUUGCGAAGAAACCACGAUGAUAUGGAUGACCCAUGUGAAUCGAUCAUUUACGGGCCAUCGACAUCAAAUCAAGUAAGCACUUAUUUGUUUGUGUACUUUUUUUAUGUAUCGGUUAAAAAGAAGUGUGAAUGCAACUGGAGUUGUCAUAUUAGGUUGCUUUUUCUAUGUUUUUCUUUGCAUUAUAGUGCAUAAUUGACCAUUUUUGAUAAUUUUUUUUAAAGAUCGAGAGAUGGUGGAGGGAACUCCACGAGAGAAUGGAAAAAUAUUUCAAGGAGCAACUCAACUGGUUAAAGGACCGAGGUCAUUAUAAUCCACAUAGUGAGAGAGACAGGUACAAAUAAUAAUUAUAGAAUAGACCUGAUGAAGACAUGGGGUUAGAGUGAACACAAUUUCUGCUUGCUUUAUUUGUCUAUUUUUUAAAAGCAAGGAAAAGGUUGACUUGAUCCUGGGAAGGUAGCCUGAGAGCAAGCUCAACCGGCCCUCUAGCAGCGGGGCUGGAAAAGGAAGGAGAGCUUGCAACUACGUCUCUGGAAUUUGAAUUCCACCUCCAAUUCGCUUGUGGCUCCCUGUCGACUUAGCUGUCAUAUUUCCGCAAAUCAGCACUAUGUGGAAACGAGCGCAAAUGUAAACAAAUACUAAGAAACACGUGCCAAGGGUAAUGACGUCUUUCAUAAUGUCAUUUCCACCAACCAGCAUUUCGCAUCGACUUUUUCAAUGCAGAUAUUCAAAUUCCACCGAUGUAGUUGCAAGCUCUCCUUCCUUUUCCCAGAGAGCUUGCUCGCAUGCUAUGUGGAGGGGUGGGGGAAAAUCCCAUUAUGAAGGGGCAGGGAUGCUUGUUAUUUUGUUUGGGGUUGCAGAUUGCAUAUUUUGGUGACACUUAAAGCUGUCUAGAGUAUUCAUGAUGGAAUGCCUAUUUCACCUGGUCGGAUGUUACUUUAUGGUGUGUAAUAAAGAAACCAGAGGACUAAAAAAGGAAAGAAAAAGCCAAUUUUAUGACAAUGCCUUUAUCACACAUUAUUAAAAGUGAUUACUAUUUAACAAUUAUUCCACGAGGGCACGUUGGAUAUGAGAUGAUAGAUAGCCAACGAGGCGCAUAGCGCCGAGUUGGCUAUAAUCAGUCAUAUCCAUCAAGCCCGAGUGGAAUAAUUGUUUUAUUAAAAACGCCCACAAAAUCUCGUUGAAUCGCCCCGACUAGAACAAACCGGAAAAGACAAGGGAAUUCCGCUAUUCACAUGUCACACGUCUAUCAAAACUGUCAACGCGCGAACGGACUCGCCUAGACUGCAUGAAUGAAAAAUCAAAACAUUGUAGCGAUGAACAUUAGUUUUUUAAAAAUUCAUCGCGAUUCUAGGAUUUUACAAAGCAGAACAGCUUAAAAAACCUGGCAGAUAAUGUGAAGGAAAGGAAUUUUUAAGUGACAGCCGUCGAAAUUACUAUGAAUUUGGAUUUUCGGUGCAGUUAUAAAAGGAAGAACAACGGAGAAAAACUACCGGUAUUACCUCGGUCGCUUGUUAUGAAGUUGUUUGAAGCCACAAGCUGGUUUUGCUGAACGAAAAAAGAAGCUAUACUGUCGCCUUGAUUGCUCUAGUGAAUGGCUGCAUAGCCUGUAUCUGUAGCUCGUUACUUGUGAUUUAUAUUCUUGAUGUCGGAUAAACAAGCUGCAGUUAUCUAUCGGCGAAUGGCUUCGCGAUCAUGAAGAAACAACACUUGUCUUCUUUCGUAGCUGUUCAAGGUACUUUAGUUCCAUGUGUUUUCAUGUGUUUUUCCACAAACUUUCAAACAAGCUCUUGUGGUUUUUUUGUUUGUUUUUGUCUUUUUUCUUUCGUUGAAAUUGCAUUUCUAGUAUUCUAAGAAAUGAAUUAAAACGAUUUGCUUCGGGCGCCGUUCUAUCCUUCGCGAAAAAAAGUCUCACCUAGCUUCCAAUUUUAAACUGACGCGUACACCGACCAUAUAUGGAGAACAUGGUAUAUUAGCUCAUAUACCAUAACGGCUAAGCCAAUCAAAAUGCUAGAAUUGCAUUAUCCAAUGAUUCAGUUUUUAAUAAUUAUAUAUAGCUCUUAUUUGGUACUGUGCUUUAUUUUUAAUGUAUUUAAGGGAUCAAGUAAAGCUUGAGUCUAGCACUCAUGGGAGUCCCCCUCCCCAAGGGAAAUCUACUCAUGGUCUAAAAUUAAAGUCACAAACUUUUUAGGCAAAUUCAAAAUGUGUCAAGGAUAAUUAUUGAGAAUAAAUAUUUGUCAGAAUAAACGUAUCUAUACAGUAUAAAACCUUUGAUGAAAUAAAUCUGUGUUAAUUUUUCCUGUUAGGAUGCUCUUGGCUAUUCUUCUCAUACCAGUAGUGCAGAAAGAACUAGAUCUGUUUAGGACAGUUGUAUGGAACAGUCACAAAAUAAGAACACAGAAAGAUACAGCUUUGCCAGAUGGAAUCCCUGAUCACAUUUAUAACUUUCCUGAAACAUACGGCCUAGAAGAGUGUGGUAUGACUGUGCAUAUUUUCACUUUAAAAAUAGACAUCCUUGUAACACUGUAAACAACAGCUAAAAAGCCCUGGUCUUUCACAACUUCGGGGAUUUGGACGGGCUUAUAUCCAGAUGAAGGGAAGGGGCUUACAAUCAGAUGUAUUUUUUGUUUACUGGUAGCCUAGAGGGCUUAUAAGUGAGGAAGGGGGAUGUGGGGGGAUGCCUUAUAAGUGGCCGUUUACAGUAGUUAGUACAAACACAAACCAGUUGAUAAAUGUAAGGACCAUAUGCCCUUAAAACUACUACUGUUACUGACCAUUGGAUGUGGCAGGCAAAGAAAAUUGAAGAUUGAAUCUUUAUUGGCCAAUAUUUUAGUUAAGAAAAGUUUUAAUGUGCCAUCUUUUCUGUCAUUUAGCCCUUGGUUGUUUUCUGUUUACAUUUUGUGGUUUCCUGUUUCCUCGUUGUAACCGAGUGUUGUUAAAAAUGCCAUUUUUUACAAGUUGGCUUGUAACAGAAGAUGAACUGAAAGAGGCCGCACUUCAUUCUGGUGUUCUGUCAGUUGAAGAUGACUUUUUAGAUGCUACAUUUAGAUCAAAGUGUGAGGAAAUUAUUCCAUAUCCUAACCAAGUUCAACCAAAUGAAUGCAAAGAUGCAUUUCUACAUCUUAAGGAAAAAUUCAUGGAAUUGUGA